UAACUUCAGUUUCUCAGUGGAUAUUUGUGAGCAAAGAGAAUUUUGUGAACCUUCAUGAUGGCCAGUGGUGGUGAGAAUAUCUUAAAAACCCGCGAGAAGUGGAGUGAAAAAUUCGGGAAAAUCGACGAUCGGUUUUCAAGCUUCUACAACGAGAGCAUUCUUUCUGAUGUAACUUUCAUCAUUGGACCUGACAAAGAAAUUGCGCAAGCACACAAAUUCGUAUUAAUUGCCUGCAGCUGGGAAUUCUUCAUCGUGUUAUCGCUCUUGAAAUUGGACGAUAAAAAGCUAAGAAUUCCGGAUAUCAGCUACGACGCUUUUAUAUGUUUCCUCGAAUUCUGCUACAAAGGUAAAGUGGAUCUUAAAACAAAAGAUGUGUGGAGUGUCUUAAAGCUAGCUUAUCGAUUCGAUGUGAAGCAAUUAAUUGAAACUUGUGAGGACUUUUUAAUCAAAAACCUCAACGUCAGCACAUGCAUUGAACUUUACACUAAAGACAUAUUUUUGCCUGAUGAAUCAGAAUUAAGGAAGAAAAUUUUUGAGAAAAUUGAAACAGAUUUUGUAGCAAUAACAAGUAACGAGAAUUCUCUGAAGUCUUUUCUUGAUCUUCCCGCACAAAAAUUAUACAACGUUGCAAGAUCGGAAAAUUUAAGGUGCGAUGAAAUGGAUGUAUUUAGAAGCCUAAUGAAAUGGGCAGAGCAUGCGUGCAGUCAGAUAAGAAUGCGGUGUUAUCCCAAAAAUCUUCGGAAAAUGUUGGGGAAUAUUUUCCACGAAAUUCGAUUCCCAACUAUGAAAAUGGAACAAAUAUUUGAAGUUCAAGCUUAUUAUCCGGAGCUUUUGUCAUAUUCAGAGAUUUCUGCAAUUGCCAAAGUUAUUUUAAAAAAGAAAAAACUUUGCCACGGAUUUAAGUACACCUCUAGAAAAGGUUAUCGACUGAUAGAUUCAAUUGAAAAUACCACGAACACACUAACAAUUAAUGAGAGUGCUCCAAUCGCUGAUAAAAUAUUUUAUGUAAAUUGUUUCGAAAAAGGUCCUCAGUAUUCAAAUUUGGUUUCUAAACAGUUAUCAGUUACAUUCAUGUCUAAGCUACCAAGGAAAAUUGUUGGAUUUUGUUACUAUGCAUUCGAAACAAGACCUCCUAAAUUGCAAUACUGCAGCCUAAACCAAAAAAGUCUGAUUGAUUGGACCGUAACGAAAAUGGAGAUGAUACAAUACAAUAUUUCAGGCCUUCCUACAGUACAUUGCUAUAAAGUAUAUUUCCAAGACAAACAAGAUAUAAUUCCUAAUCAAUGGCAUGAUUUGUACUGCAUAUUUGAGUAUGAUAUUCCAAUACUAACACUUCAGUCCAGCUUUAAAUUUUAUGACGAAUUCAGGAAAAUACAUUUAAAAAUAAAUCAAUAUAACAUUAUACCUAUAUUAAUAUUUGAAUAAAUAUUAUAGAAAUGUGAUGAUGUAAUGUAUCUAAAAAAUUUUUUUUAGUAUUUUUGUACUUAAGAAAAGUAUUUCACUGUGCCCGAAGAUUAUGAACCAUAUUACUAUCUUUUUUUUUUCUUUGGGUUUCCGGUCGU